UUCCAUCUUGUCUGUCUCUAGGAUGCUCGUUCCUGAGACAGCCUUUAAGAUGGGUCUUGUUGGUUGCCGUGUGGAAAUCAAGUUCUGCCCUGGCCUCCUUGGGCUCAAGUGGCAGCUGUUGCUGUGUUUCUUGGCCACUACCUGCGAAGCUUUCUUCUUCCCAGGACUGGUUCCCAUCACCUACUGUGAAGAGGGCAAUCCCAACUCGUAUUGUAAGUCCUCAAUUCAGGUGUAUGCUGAUAAAUUGUACUCAGUGGAAACCGUGAUGUUCUAUGACUAUGAUAGCUUUGACUUCUGUCAAGAUUCUUUGAAGAGAACACCAUCCGAGACUCUUGGACAAAUCCUAUCUGGGGAACAAAUAACAUCAUGUCCCUACAAGUUUUCUUUUAACAAAGAAGAAACAUGUAGAAAAGUCUGUGUAAAAUCGUAUGCUCCAGACAAUGAAGAUGAAAUGAGCAAAUUGGCCUUUUUGAAGAGAGGGAUAAAACAGGAUUACAAUCAUCACUGGGUUAUUGAUAACACACAAGUAAUAUGGUGUUAUGACACGGAAGAUGGAGAACACCAUUGCAUAUCAGGAUUUCCAAUAGGAUGUUUUAAUGCCCCGAGUAACCAAGUGAAAGGUCCUUGCUUGAUUAAUCCUGAAUUCAACAAAAAUAAUAGUUUGUACCUCUUCAACCACCUUGACAUUACUAUUACAUAUCACAUAGAAAGUGACACAAACAGCCAGGUUGCAAAGGUGAUUAGUUCUAGAGUUGAUCCCAAAAGCUAUAAGCAUUCAGAUGAAGACCACAUAACUUGCAAUGAGCCCCCUAUGGAAAUUCCUGAAGAAAAUACAGAGAAUUUAAAGAUUGUCUACACAUAUUCUGUGAAAUUCGAGGAAAGUAAAGCUACUGAGUGGUCCUUGGAAGAGGAUUAUGAUAUGGAGACUACAACUGAUACCAACCUUCAGUGGGUUAGACUUGUAAACUUCUUUUUUGUGGUACUUCCCUUGUGUGGACUGGUGAUUCUCCUCAUCUUAAGAAGUAUCUGUAGAGACAUUGCUAGAUACAAUUUGGUAAAAAUUUCGGUAUAUGACCAGAGGCAGUUUGGUUGGAGGUUGAUUCAUGGGAGUGUAUUCAGGCUCCCAGAGCAUGGAAUGUUGCUGUCCAUCCUUCUUGGUCAAGGAACACAAGUUUUCAUAAUGACUUUUCUGUCUUUAUUUCUGGCUGGCCUUGGUUUUCUUACUCCUGAGCAAACUGCUUUAGUGAACUAUGGUGUUGUGCUGUGGCUCAUACUGGAAAUCCCUGCUGGAUACGUGUCUGCCAAAAUGUACAAGACAUUUAAAGGUGUAAACUGGAAGAUGCAUUUUUUGCUGACAACAUUGUUAUUUCCUGGAAUUGUCUUUGCUGAUAUCUUUAUUAUGAAUCUAAUUCUUUGGAUGGAAGGUUCCUCAGCUGCUGUCUCCUUUCGUACACUGGCAAGUCUCUUUGCACUGUGCUGUGGAGUUUCAACACCACUGACGUUUUUGGGAGUGUACUUUGGGAAAAAGGAAGAGUUUGAGUUUCCACUUCAUACAGAAAAGGCCCCUCAUGUGAGUUCCCAGAGGACUUUCUUUACAAAAGCAACUAUUACCAUUAUACUUGGUAGUCUUUUACCCUUCGGCUGUAUUUUUCUGCAACUUUCUUACAUUCUAAACCAUAUUUGGUCUCCUCAUAUGUAUUACCUGUUUGCUUUCCUUCUCCUACUCUUCUUAAUUCUUAUGAUUUCCUGUUCAGAAGCUGCAGUCCUGCUAUGCUAUUUUCAUCUGUGUGCUGAGGAUUGUAGUUGGUGGUGGAGAGCCUUUUUGACCAGCAGUUUUACAUCUGUUUAUAUUUUUAUAUAUGCACUUCAUUACUUUUUUACCAAACUUCAAAUCACUAGCAUUGGAAGUACCUUUAUGUACUUUGGGUACACAUUUAUCCUAGUGCUAGCUUUCUUCCUUUUCACAGGCACGAUUGGAUUUUUUUCUUGCUUCUUCUUUGUAACUGCAAUCUACGGUGUGAUAAAAGUGGAUUAAUGAAUUUAUCCAAAUAUUUGAAAGCACAUAAGCCUUGCUUUCAAAUAGUUCUGUAUCUGUUGACAUACAUAUAUAUGUAUGCUCCAAGUUAUAUUUAGUUAAACUGUUUAUAAAUGCAAAA